AUGUGCACUCGAAAUGACGAUACAAACACAAAAGAGAAAGAGCGAUUGAAACGAGACGGUGAAAGCUACUUUGUACCUCGGAACACGGCCACUACAAUUACUAAUGGGCAAGAGCAAUUGCCCGCCCGGGGUUUCUGUUGCCCGGGCGCGACUGCCGUGGAAACCCAAGUGGGAAUCCUGGGCGAGCAAGAGCGAACAAGCACUGCCAGUGCUCGGCAAUGCACGGAGCGUCUAACUUUCCAAAGCAUUUUGGAGGGGCAAGCUCUGGGCUUUCAGCUCUGGAACGUGGAUGAUGUCACCAAAACGCGCACCAAAAGCCCCGCAUCGGAUCGCGGAACUGGCGUGGCCCAUGGAGCCAGUACAGUGUACGGUGUCUUCACUCGCUGUUACGAAUACUGUGGCGUGAAAUGGCCAAAGAGCUUUCUCUCCAAACGGAGUCCAUGGCGCUUCAAUUGGCCGUUCCGAAGGCAACCCUGUUGGAAACGGACGUCGGCUACACUCCAAAGUCUGGUGUUGUUCAUCCCCAGACUCAUCUCUUCGACUACGAGUGGUCACGGACAGCCAAUCAAACACACCAAGGCCACGUAUCUUGACAUUCGGCAUUCAACUGUUGGGUCCAUCCUGGCCCAGAUCAUGCAGUUGUCGUAA